AUUUUCCCGCAUGCCGUAGAAAUACUUUCAAUUUUCAACCACUAGUUCGCGCUACGUGUUAGUUCAAAGAAAAGUAAAACAUAUCAGCUGACAAAUAAAUUUUUGAAUAGCGCAUGAAAAUGUAAUUGAAUACGAACAUAUUAAUUGUAACGUGGGUUAUAUCAUGCUGUUUACUGCAGAUAAACGAGUUGACUCUUAUUUACCUACGACUAUUCAUUCGAAAGAGCAAAUGACGUAAUGAAAUAUUAUGAUUUACCCAAAGGUGACUCCUAUGAAAUGUUUACUCACAGUUAUUUUAACAAGUCUCACACUUGCUGUUUUUAUUCUAUCAUCAAAUGAGCUCUCUCCUAGUCUCCUGAUAGUUUCGAGAAUUUUCAACCCAGAAAUAAGAGUUAAUUAUACUCCAGGAGAUUUCGUUAAGUAUAUGUAUCUAGAACCUGCAAAUGAAAGCUACUGUAAUUUCAAUUAUAAACUCCUCAAUGAUUUCACUUUUGACGGAGAAUACAUAGAUUAUGGUCCGGAACUUGGAAAAAAUAGUCCUUAUAGAGUUAUUUAUAAUGUUAUUUCGGCGAAAGCGACAACAGAUAUACCAAAAGUAACAUACGCUACACACGUAUCGGCAGAUUUUAUGUAUUAUUUACCAGAGCUUGUUAGAUACUGGGAUGGUUUUAUUAGCGUUACAGCAUUUGUACCAGAUACAGAUGUGGCUUUAGUAUUAAAACAAAUUAACCAAUAUUGUCAUUGUCUUCCAGGAAUGUCUAGAGUAUCAUUACAUUUUGCAUAUAGUGUAACCACAGUACCUUUGCUGAGAAAUAUCUAUUUUAAUAAACCAGUUACCUGUGAAGUAGCUGAUUCUUCAAAGAUAGAAACAUACAGACAUACAAAUGACUCAGUGAUUUACCCAAUAAACGUCUGUAGAAAUGCAGCUAGAACAGCUUCGUUAACAGAGAAUGUAAUGGUGUCUGAUAUUCAACUAAUGCCUAGUGAAGGUUUAGCGCGAAAAUUUUUGGAUAUGAUAGAUCAGUACAAACUAUAUGACUGUUCUAGAAACGUCUAUGUUCUUCCGAUAUUUGAAGUUGAAGCAAAUGAAGAAAUUCCGAGGAGGAAAUCUCAAUUAGUAGAAUUGCUAAGAGAAAAUAAAGCUGUUUACUUCCAUAAAUUAAUAUGUACCCAUUGUCAAAAAUUUCCUGGAAUCGAAACUUGGUUGAGAACCACACCCAGCGAUAUCGUAGAACCUCUGGUAUCAGCUCGUAGAGAAGUGCCUUAUCACAGGUGGGAGCCUAUAUAUAUUGGAACUAAAGCUGAACCCUUUUAUAAUGAAAUGUUAUCAUGGGAAGGCUUGCAGGAUAAAAUGUUGCAGAUGUUAGAAAUGUGCCUUAUGGAAUACAAAUUUGUUAUACUAGAUGGAGCGUUUUUAGUUCAUUGGCCCGGCAUCAAAAAGAAACAGAAUCAACAAAAUGAAGAACAAUGGAGAGAACCCUUCAAAAAACAAAAUUCUAACGAAUAUGCAAAAAUUCUCAUGAAUUUGUUAAGUCGAUAUGAUGCUAAAUCUGAAUGCAAGCCAUAUUAGGAAGUAUGUUUCAUUUUGAAAUUUGCCAUAUUUUAAUUGAGGACAAAGAGUUUUCCGGAAAAUCGGUUUUGUUCAAGAGGUUAGAAUAAUCCACCGAAUUUUGUAUUGCUCAACAUUAGCUUUGUUACUUUCAAGAAGAAACAAUAUUUAUAAAAACAUACAUUUUUUAAAUGAAUUAUGUAAACUCAACGUGACUUUUUGAAGAAAUGAGUUCGAUCUAAUUAGAUAAAAUUUAGGUUGAUUUUCAAUUUGGUUAGUUUACGAAGUUAUUCAAGCUUCUAAAUUAUUCUUCUGUCGUUUACUAAUGGAAUAAUGCUAAUAAUGGUCGUGUAUUGCUCAUUUCUUUCUAAUAGUUCCAGAUUUGAUUUGAAUUGGUACAUGAAUCAAUCGAUUGUUAUUCUUGAAAAGCCAUUUAAUACUCGAUUACCUUAUAAAAUUUACUGUUUGUUUAUUAGCAAUAAUAAUAAAAAUUUUGUCUUGA